UCAUUCCAGUGCACAUGGAAAGGCAGAGGAGCAGGAACAGUCAGCGCUCGGAAGGUGAAUCGCGCUCAGGGAUUUUACACGUAAAGCCGCUAUAAGGUGAUUUCUUUUUUUUUUUUUUUUUUUCUUUUUUUUUUCUACGGGACGCGCUUUAUUAUUGGACUACAACAGAAUGCUAUUGGAGGACGAAUGGACAUUUAAACAACUGUUCUCCGUAUAGGGAUUUCACUGUGCAACAUCUAUAAAAGGACACACACAUGCUCUCCACUGAUGAAAAAUAAGCUGGAAGGAGCGUUUACCUUGUGGAUGAGUUUUAAAGCUCUUUCAGCGCUGCUUUAGAUCAUUUUUUUUGCACAUUGGAUUACACAAACUGCUGAAAUUGCGGUUUAUGGAAACAGAGCUCAGCAGAAGACCGCUGAAGUUGGAGAAGAGGGUCUCUGAAGCUGGACUGAGGGUCUGAAGGAUUUUACAAUCUCCUCCUGGAGCUCCACUUUCAUGUCCGAAGUCUCUGGUUUAUGACAAUGGAUUAUUUGCUGUUUUUAUGCGGCUUUUUGCUGCCUCUGUCCUCAGCUGUUGAAGAAACACUGAUGGACACCAAAUGGGCCACCACUGAACUCGCAUGGACCUCACAUCCUGAAACUGGGUGGGAGGAAGUUAGCGGUUACGACGAUGCCAUGAACCCCAUCCGAACGUACCAAGUGUGCAAUGUCCGUGAGCUGAACCAGAACAACUGGCUUCGCAGCGACUUCAUCCCACGAAAGGAUGUUCUCCGUGUUUAUGUGGAGAUGAAGUUCACUGUACGAGAUUGCAACAGUAUUCCCAACAUUCCAGGAUCAUGUAAAGAGACGUUCAAUCUAUUCUACUACGAGUCCGACUCGGAUUCAGCCACCGCCACCAGUCCUUUUUGGAUGGAGAACCCUUAUGUUAAGGUGGACACCAUUGCUCCAGACGAGAGCUUCUCUAUGUUGGAGUCUGGCCGGGUCAACACCAAGAUUCGCAGCUUUGGUCCACUUUCCAAGGCUGGGUUCUAUCUGGCUUUCCAGGAUCUGGGCGCAUGCAUGUCUUUAAUCUCCGUCCGAGUUUUCUACAAGAAGUGUUCCACGACUAUUGCCAAUUUUGCCAUCUUUCCAGAGACCGCCACAGGUGCCGAAGCUACGUCACUAGUCAUUGCUCCUGGCACUUGCGUGCCGAACGCUCUGGAGGUGUCUGUACCUCUUAAACUCUAUUGCAAUGGAGAUGGAGAGUGGAUGGUUCCAGUCGGUUCCUGCACUUGCAUGGCUGGGUUCGAGCCUGCAGUUAAGGACACGCAGUGUCAAGCUUGCAGUCCAGGCACUUUCAAGUCUAAGCAGGGUGAAGGGUUCUGCUCCCCAUGUCCGCCCAACAGUCGGACAAGUUCUGGAGCCGCCAGCAUCUGUUCAUGCAGGACCGGCUACUAUCGGGCAGACAAUGACUCGCCUGACUCAGGAUGCACCACCGUACCCUCAGCUCCACGCUCCGUCAUCUCCAGUGUAAAUGAGACGUCGCUUGUACUUGAGUGGAGCGAGCCACGUGACCAAGGUGGAAGGGAAGACCUUCUCUACAACGUCAUCUGUAAGAAAUGUCUGCCUGAGCGUGGUACCUGCACACGAUGCGAUGACAACGUGGAUAUCUCUCCCCGCCACCUUGGCCUUACCGAGAGACAUGUGACGGUUAGAAACCUUCAGGCUCACACCCAGUACAGCUUUGAGAUCCAGGCUGUAAAUGGAGUCUCCAACAAGAGUCCCUACGCACCCCAGUUUGCCUCCGUUAACAUCACCACCAACCAGGCUGCUCCAUCUGCAGUUCCUACCGUCCACCUGAUGGGGGCCUCAGCCAACACCAUGAGUCUUUCCUGGCUCCCCCCUGAAAAACCAAAUGGCAUCAUCUUGGAUUACGAGAUUAAAUACCAUGAGAAGGACCAGGGAGAAGCUAUUGCCCACACCAUGACAGCCCAGCGUAGCUCUGCACGCAUUGAGGGUUUGAAGCCGGGCACACCGUAUGUUGUGCAGGUUCGAGCCCGAACAGUGGCAGGGUAUGGCCGUUAUAGCACCCCUACUGACUUCAGCACCAACCACCAGGCUGAUGCAGACAAGACCUUACAGGAGCAGUUACCCCUCAUUGUUGGUUCUCUGACAGCAGGGCUGGUCUUCAUCAUUGUUGUUGUGGUUAUUGCCAUUGUCUGCCUAAGGAAGCAACGCAAUGGCUCAGAAUCAGAGUACACAGAAAAACUGCAACAAUACAAAUCCCCUAUAGUCACUCCGGGGAUGAAGGUCUACAUUGACCCAUUCACCUACGAGGACCCGAAUGAGGCCAUCCGCGAGUUUGCCAAAGAGAUUGACGUUUCCUGUGUGAAAAUCGAGGAAGUCAUUGGCGCAGGUAACCAACAACACAAGCUCCUGAGCAACAGGGGGAAGACAGCUAGGCACACCCAGGCCAUACCUUUAGAGGACUUCACACCAAGCGGAGAGUUUGGAGAAGUGUGCCGUGGCCGUCUGAAACUCCCUGGACGGCGUGAAAUCAUUGUGGCUAUCAAGACUCUGAAGGCAGGCUACACUGAGCGCCAAAGAAGAGACUUCCUGAGCGAGGCCAGCAUCAUGGGCCAGUUCGACCAUCCUAAUAUUAUCCGCCUGGAAGGGGUGGUGACGAAGAGUCGGCCAGUCAUGAUUGUCACCGAGUUCAUGGAGAACGGAGCGCUGGAUUCCUUUCUUCGGCUAAAUGAUGGACAGUUCACAGUCAUCCAGCUCGUCGGUAUGUUGAGAGGCAUUGCAGCUGGCAUGAAAUAUCUGUCCGACAUGAACUACGUGCACCGUGAUUUGGCUGCUCGUAACAUUCUGGUCAACAGCAACCUGGUGUGUAAGGUGUCCGAUUUUGGCCUUUCUCGUUUCUUGGAGGAUGAUCCCACUGACCCUACCUACACCAGCUCAUUGGGAGGAAAGAUCCCUAUUCGCUGGACAGCACCAGAGGCUAUUGCGUAUAGGAAGUUCACCUCAGCCAGUGAUGUCUGGAGCUAUGGCAUUGUGAUGUGGGAGGUGAUGUCGUAUGGCGAGCGCCCAUACUGGGACAUGAGCAACCAAGAUGUGAUCAACGCAGUUGAGCAGGACUACCGACUGCCCCCACCUAUGGACUGCCCUACUGCCUUGCAUCAACUCAUGCUAGACUGCUGGGUGAAAGAAAGAAACUUGAGACCCAAGUUCUCCCAGAUCGUCAAUACCUUGGACAAACUUAUUCGCAAUGCCGCCAGCCUUAAAGUGGUCACCAGCACACAUUCUGGGGCCUCCCAGCCGCUCCUCGACCGCUGUGUGCCUGACUACACCACCUUCACCACUGUGGGCGACUGGCUGGACGCCAUCAAGAUGAGCCGCUACAGAGACAACUUCCUUAAUGCUGGCUUUGCUUCUUUUGACUUGGUGGCCCAGAUGACUGCAGAAGACCUGUUACGGAUAGGUGUAACAUUAGCCGGCCACCAAAAGAAGAUUCUCGGCAGCAUUCAAGACAUGAGACUGCAAAUGAACCAAACGCUGCCCGUCCAGGUCUGAGAUGGGGGCGGAACUGUUCUACUUCGAACUAACGGACGACCCCAGAUGCCUGAUCAUCUCCACUAAUCAAAUGAAACUGGCUUGCAGUGCCUCGGACAACUUUUUCUUUUCCAUACUCCUGUUUUCCUGUAACGACUGCAUUAUUUUACACCCGACAGGAUUAGAUAAGAUUAUUUUGUACUUGUUUUUAAGAACGGAGAGGAAAGCCUAUAUCCCAUGCAUGCCUCUCUAGGCUCCGCUGUGGGGUUGGCGAUUGCAUGCAUGCGUGUGGUAUUUUCUUUCGCGAGGCUGGCUGGGAAGCCUCCCAUAAUGCAUUUCUCCCUGAAACGGACUCUGAGGGACGAACUCUCCCUGAUGGACAUCGCUUAUGGAAGAGAUACUCCUCUAAUAGUACACAUAACUUGAAUAUAAAGACAAAAAACUAGAUGUGAAUAUACAUUCACAGGAACGCGUGGACACAAGUGCGCAGAAAUCCCUCCAAUGCUAGCAGAUGUUCUAUUGUGCGUGUGAUUUUGUGCUUAUUCCCCAUCUUCAUAUUGAAGGUGUUUUAUUUAAGGGCACAUGCCUCAAACGGACAAGAGGGAGAGGCACAGCCGAGGGCGAAAGAUCACGGAUGUCGCAGGACCGGAUUUGAGGAAGUUGCGUUCGUCCACCAGGUUUAAACUGACAAAGGACUUCUUAGAAUAUACCUGGUGAACUCAGGAUGCUUUCAUAGUUUCAAAUAAUGGAUUCUCAGCUGUGUUUUCACAAUUUCAAUUGAUGUUUUCUUUUAUUCUCUUCUGUUGCUUUCCCUCACCCUGUUUAGUUUCUGUUCCACAAUGAGUUGACAUUUAGCUGGUCGUCAGUCAUUAUAUCAGGAUUCUUUAGCGGUUAGAAAAGAGAAGGACUGUGAUAACCUGUACUACACUGCAAGAAAUCAUUUUUUAAAUCAAUACGUUUGUCUUUUUCCAUAACAAAUAUCUAAACAUUCUUGAAACAAGAUUUGAGAAGUCAAAUUGCACAAUAUACAGUAGAUGUCUUAAGAUGUUUGCUUUUUCUUGGUAUGUUAAGCAUAAAUCUAACAACGGAGGUUCAAAUUCAUGAAAUUUCUUAUCUUGUUUUGAGAAUGUUUUUCCUUUCUUUUUCCAGGAAAAUGAUAAAAUACUGAUUUAUAAAGUAUUUUUCCAGUGCAAAAAAGAUCACUGGCCAUCUCUACAGCGAGUGAGUGUGUAUGUAUCAGUAUGACCUUGUUGAAGUGUGUGUGUUUCUGUGUGUAUGUGUAUAAAACAAAGGGAGAGUAUAAGGAUUAUGCACACAUUCUGUACAUGAACGUUUCAGUUGUGUUCCACAGCGAACCACUAAUGCAUGAAAGGACUUGUGACAAGGAGCUCCGGUUAUAUACGAAUCAAUAAUGUGUGGAGAAAUACCAAUUUAUUGUCUUUAUUUUAUUAUUUUGUUUGAACAUAUCCCUAAAAAGGAAUGACUAAUUUAUUUAAAGAUCUAAUGUCAAUUUAAACGCUGACAUAGAAAAUUUUUGGAAUGACGUUGCUUUGAAGAUAGAGAAAAAAAAUGCAGAGGAAGUGUAUUGAAAUUGGUAUGAAUAGAGGUGUUAAACAUCUCAUCAAAGUUGGGCAGAUCCCUAGUAAAUCUCUUCAAUAUUAAAGCUAAGCCUUUCCGUCACCACCACAAAGAGAAACUGUACCAAUUGUAAAGCUCACUCACCAAGCGUUUUGUUCACUUCGCGCAAUCAUAUUUUUCAAAUGAGAUCUUGAGUCACAAUGGUAAUUCACGCUAAUGUUAUGCGCUAGGAUACGUUGCACUUCCUGAAACUGUUGGUUUGUCUUCCAUAUUUUUUAGCCUUCACCUGAUUUUCUUGCGCGUAGGCUUGAUGAAAGACCCCAACCGCAGAUUCCGCAGGCUUGGGCCCGUCAUCAGAGCCUGCCGGUCUGAUUAGGCGGGAAAAUGUUUACAGCCUAGCACAGACGGAUGACCAACGUGAUUAUUUGCCUUCAGUUAUUGAAUGGCUCUUGUCUUCUUUUUUAGUUUAGUUUUCCCCACGCCAAACAAGAAAGACAUAAAAUAUGCAAAAUAGUAGCAUGUUUGAUGGGUUUAGAAGCCAAUACAGGAUGUUAUUACCAAAAUCUGUAUCUAGACUAGUUUCAGUGCUUAUAUACUCCACUAUGGGAAAUGGUACUGCAUAUAUUCCACACAGUACUCCUCCGUUUGUGGUUUCGUUUCAUUCCUGAUUUCACAAACCCUCUCAAUUACAAGAGCUCCGUGUAAUAUAACAUGAUGACCGACAUUAUCCUUUUUCUCGAUGUAUAUGAACCCUUGAAGUUCCUACUGUAUGUGCUACUAACUUACAGAGCCGUUCGGGAACUAAACGUAGCUGCUUUUGUCACAUUCGACAUGGUAUAUUCUCUCAUAACUGGAUUUGAGUGUGUAUGUUUGUAUGUAUGACUGUAUUUGGGUAAGGUGCUAUUGUCAUUGCUUUUUAAUCGAAAACAUAACUUGCAUGAUUUUGGUUCAAUAACUUCGUGCCAAUGGUCGCUCUCCAUCUCAGACUCUCUCUCUCUCUCUGUCUCUCUCUCUCUCUUUCUCUUUGCUCCACUCCUCUCUGUGAUAGUUUUCCUGAGUUUUGAAGUUACUCUUUUAUAUUAAAAAUCAAGCAAAAAAUGUUUUUUCUUUUUUUUCCAAACAGUCUUCUCAUCACAUCACGAAUUACUGACGUGCAAAAGCGAAAUGUCUGCUGAGUGCUGUACUUAUAUUGAGAGAAGCAAGACACAUUUCAAGACAUUUUUUUCUUGUUCUUUUUGUUUUGUUUUUGGAAAGCAUUGAGAUGUAUUUAAUGGUGAAGACAAAAAACAGCGAUUAAAUAAUGCAUUCUUGUAGAAAUAUUUUUAAAAAACCCUUUUGCAAUUAAAUUAUUUAAGAAAUA